CAACACUUGUCAAUAAGAAGAAAAAAAAGAACAGGACACGUCAUAUAAAGUGAAUUAAAUAUUUUCAAAAUGAAGUUUUCUCUAAUUUUAGGGCUAGCUAUUUGUGUAACCAUAGCAAAAGCUGACCAAGAAACCUUGGUUUUGGUUGAUAACCUUAAUAUAAGAGAGACGCACUCACAAUUCUUCAAAUCAUUGCAAGAUCGUGGUUACACUCUCACAUUCAAGUUGGCCGACGACGGCAAUCUUCUCCUUUCCAAGUAUGGCGAAUAUUUGUACAAAAAUCUGAUAAUAUUCUCACCUUCUGUGGUGGAAUUCGGAGGUCAAAUCGACACAGAAGCUAUCACAAAAUUCAUAGAUGAUGGUGGCAAUGUUUUGGUGGCGGGCAACGCUGCUGCCGGCGACGUAUACAGAGAAAUUGCUACUGAAUGUGGAUUUGAGAUGGAUGAAGAAUCUGCAGCAGUAAUUGACCAUUUCAACUAUGACACAUUAGAUGAUGGAGACCAUACCAGAAUAGUUGUGUCACCAAAGAAUCUCAUAUCUGCAUCCACUAUUGUCGGAGAACACAACACUCAACCACUACUGUUUGAGGGAACAGGAUUGAUUCUGGACAAAGACAAUAGCUUGGUGUUGCCAAUUCUCACUGCUGAUAGUACUGCUUACAGCUAUAAUCCAAAGAGUCAGGUGAAGGAAUAUCCCCAUGCAGUUGGACGGAAGACUGUUCUGAUUGCAGCUCUACAGGCUAGGAAUAAUGCCCGAAUUGUCUUUAGUGGGUCAUUGUUCUUCUUCUCUGAUGAAGCAUUCAACUCUCCAGUGGCUAAAGUACAUGGUGAUAAAGUGAAGUCCGAUCUUUCUGGCAACAAGGCUCUUGCUGUACAUCUCAGUGAGUGGGCAUUCGGAGAACGAGGACGCCUCCGUGUUAGACGCGUACACCACAACAGAGAGGGUGAAACUGAGUCUUCUAAUACAUACACCAUUACUGACACUGUUGUUUAUAGAAUUGAAAUUGAGGAACUGAAGAAUGGUAAAUGGCAGCCAUUUGAAGCUAAUGAUGUUCAACUAGAGUUUGUCCGGAUUGAUCCAUUCAUCCGAACAACACUGAAGAAGAAACCAAAUGGAGUUUAUGAGGCUAUCUUCAAGGUGCCGGAUGUCUGGGGAGUGUACCAAUUCAAAGUAGAUUAUGACAGAAUUGGUUAUACCCGACUUUACCAUACUACACAGGUAUCUGUGCGUCCACUGCAGCAUACUCAAUAUGAGCGCUUCAUUCCCAGUGCUUACCCAUAUUAUGUCAGUGCAUUUUCUAUGAUGGUGGGCGUGUUUCUAUUUUCAAUUGUGUUCCUUUACUACAAGGAGGAUCCUCCUAAGACCAAGAGUGAAUAAAUAAGUUAUUGUUGUAGUAACAAGAUUUAGUAUGAUUGUUUUUUUUUUGUAUUACAAUGUCUGUGUAAUGGUUACUUUGAAUGUUUUCCGUAACUUUGUAUGAAUGUCAAUAAAUUUAUUAUAAUCAA